AUGAGUGUACCACGAGCCCGGUUACUAGACUUAAUGAAGGCGCAAUGCCAGGUCUUCGCGACGACAUACAACCCGGAGGGCGUGCGCAUGGGCAACAAGGUCCUGCGGCAGCGAUUAAAAGGCCCGGCCCUCGCCGCCUACUAUCCGAGAAAGGUUGCUACCAUCAAGGACGUGAAACGAGAAUUUGGACCUGUAUUAGCAACGUGGGAUGAGGCCGAAGAAGACCGAUUUGAAUACAUUGAAGAGUUGAAGCAGCGGGGAAAGAGCGCGCCAAAAAAGAAGAAUGGCCCUCCUGCCGAGAAGCCGGGCAGGAAGCGAUAA